CCAUUGUGAAUGGCAUUGCGUCAGCUGCUGCUUGUUUUCCAACAUGAAAGAGUUUGACGAUUUUAAUUUUAGCGUUGAAAAAUAUACUAAAGAACUGACACGAGAAUGCGUGGGUGGCAGCGAUUUGCAACAGCGAAAAAAAGAAAUCGAGGCUUACAAUGAGCAAACAGCGGCUACUCUCAAGCAAACAUGCAAAAAGAACUACAUGGAGUUCAUCCAAACGGCCAAAGAGAUAUCUCAUCUCGAGUCGGAAAUGUAUCAGUUGUCGCAUAUUCUUAUUGAACAGCGCAACAUUCUGGCCACCAUGACCGAUGGGAAGAGCUCCAGUCACCUGAAAGCCGACAGUGUGGAGGCGGAGAACACCACUGCUGCCGAGGAUGUGGAAAACAGCCAUGCCACGAGGGCGGUGAAGGAAAUGGUGCAGGGAUUCAACGGAAAUCUGGAGGGAAAGACUUUUCUCAACGAGGGGGCUUUGAUCGAAUUGGAUAGCAAUGAUUAUAGGCCCAUUCAGCGAGUGUUCUUUUUCCUGUUUAACGAUGUCCUAAUUGUUUGCAAAGUGAAGCACGACAAACGCUUAGACUUCCUCACCGAGUACGAUCCCAAGAAAAUUGCCGUAAUCAACAUCAAGGAUUUGGAUGGAGUGAAGAAUGCAAUCAAUAUUAUUACUCCUGAUGGCUCCAAGAUUUAUCAAAGCAUCACGGCAGGCGGUAAAUCAGAAUGGAUUGAGAAACUGGAGGAGGCUUUUCGCUUUGACCAGCAAAAGAAACCGAAAAAGGGUCAAGCUCCACAGCCACCGACAAGAACCAAACAGCCGUCAAAAGCCGAUACUGUGGAAAAAGAGCAAUCACCGCAAAGUCCGACGGAGCCAAAGUCCCUGGAGGCCGAGACACCUGAAUGGCUGAGCACAGCAAGCGAGGAGAUUCAAACCCUAGCUGCCCAGAGGCACUUCGAGGAUGCCCAAGAGCUGAUCAAGCGCACUCAAGAGUUUAUGCGAAGCGAUAAUCGCAAGAAGAUCCACCAAGCAGACGCCAUUGAAACCAAGGUUAAGCAGCAGGAACAGAAGCUCAUCAAUGUGCUGUUGAAGGAACUUUCGAAUAGCCACAACCGCAACUUGCAAAUAGCCCUAAGGGCAGCCAAGAGACCACUGAAGAUCCUCGUUGAAAUGGGACGUUAUCGGCAAGCAAGCGCUACACUUUUAAAGGUGUGCACUGUCAGUCUACGAGUGGCGCAACGAGAGGCUCGGAGGAACAAUGCGGAUAUAUCUGAACUGUUCUUUUGCGAUCUAACGCAGGUGGCCUGCGAUUUUCUCACCGCCUUCGAGCAGCAACCGGCAUGUGUUAGUAGCUUAGUGGUUUGGUGCAAUGCAGAGCUGCAGUACUUUGCCAGCCAGCUGAUUAAACACUACCUGACCAAAGGCACUUCUCUGGAGACAGUGGCCAAGUGUGUGGAAAGGGUGCGCAAGCCCUCUACAAAGCUCACAGAAAUCGGAUUGGACAUAAGCUACCACUUGGAGGGGCUACUGCGCACCACCCUUGAAUCUCUAAUCGAGGAGUCCAAGGAGCGCCUACUGGACUCGGUGGGACGUACCGAGGAAAGCUGGCUGCCGUACAACUUGCAAACCAAGUCUAAUCUGAGACGAUUGCUCUUGGAGCUCGAUGUAUUGGGAAUCGAUGUGAGAGCACAAACGACCGGUGACACUUGGAUAAACCUGACACAGUCCACAGUGGUUUUCAUCCGGCACUUCCUCCAGCUCACCGACUACUGUGGCUGUUUGGCCAAGUGCGAGACCCUUCUACAAAGUCUGGAGAAACUUUUGAAAGAGUUGUUCAUUGCCCAGCAUUCCCUCAAACCCCCUAGAGACAUGGCUGUGGAUCCGAACUUUGUGAUGAAAAAUAAAAUAUUCCUGGUGGAUAAUCUGCUGCCCAUCGCCAUCGAUAAGUUUAGACAGAUUUCUGGACGGCAGUGCGAGGGUCUGCGGGAGUUGCAUUCGAAAAUGUCCCGCCAACAGGGAGCUCCCCUGCCCCGGCAGAGGAGCGUUUACACCACGGAUGUCUUUUAGACUAGAGAAACUCUGUAUUCCAGAUGGAAGAUACAUAAUUCGAUUACAUAUAAUUUUUUUAUUUUUUCGUUUUGCUUCAAUUAUUUAUAAUAUAAUUAUAUACAUAUAUAACCACAAUAAUAAUAUUUGUAAAAUUAAAAAUCGAAGCGUGUGCUGCACUCUA